AUGGGUCUCUUUCAGAGCUGUUUUGCAAGAAAUAACAAAGUGGGUGUCGCAAAAGAAGAGAUGGAGGCGUACGAGAAAGUACGGAAAACAAUGGUUACAGAGGAAGUGACAGAAAAGAAAGGUGGUGUGGCCUUUGAUCUUACAUUUGUCUCUGAGGAAACUCCAAAGAUGCCUCCACCCAGAUUGCUUGAAAAUAAAAAGGAGGAUUUUGAGAAAUGGAGAGAGUCUCAAGAGAAGGCACAGGCCGAAAAACAGGAACGGGCUCAACAGAACAGAGAGGAAGCCCGUAUCCAGAAAGAGAUCGAUGUCGCCCACAAGGAGAUGGAGAGGCUCGAGAAAUACGUCAACCUUACUGCACAAUAAAUCUUAUUUAAGCUCCCGAUAAUAUUAAUAUAAACAAUCUGGACAAUUAAUUUGAAAUUUUAAUUUGAAAACAAUUGGAACCAAAGAGGGAACACCCGAGCUCUUUUGCUGCAAAUCUUUCUUUUGGCUUUUAACGUUCUGAUUUUCUUUCUUCUUUCGGCUCAUGCAUUUUGGGGAAGGGGGAGGGGGGUGGAAUUUGAAUUUCCAAAAUGUUGGCCUCGGAGACAGAUCUGAAGCGCUAGCAUGGCGGACAAAAUUGAUUUUUUCAAAAACUUUCACGUCUUUCGGAACUUUCGGUCCUUUAAAUACCCAUUCCGUCAGUAAUCAGGAAUGGGUAUUACCUUGGAACACCCAUCCCGUCAGUGAUCAGGGAUGGGAGUUUCUCGUCCAAAAAAUUCUAAAUUGUAAAUGAAACAUCCAUUUAGAGGUGUCCGAAAGCUCCGUUGUCCUCUCUUUUCAAAAU